AGAUAGUAAAGGACUGUCCGUGAGACAAAAAAAAAGAGAGAUGAUCUGGAAAUGCAAAGUAAUUGGUCUGUUGAUUAUCUGUUUAACAUUGGAUCUACCUAUGCCCACACAUGGCCAGUUCUGGAAGAAAUCCCACACAGAAUCUGAAGACUGGCAAAGAGAGGCGAUCGCUUCUCGCGGUUCGGGCAUUUGCUACAAAAAUCAAAUAGCUGAAACCUUGAAUCCAGAGUUGAGACAACGUGAGAUCUCCUAUUGCUGCGAUGGUUACCUGAAUCGCGGCAGUUCUAAGCUGCUGAAAUGUGAGCCUAUCUGUCAGGAGGAUUGCACAAAUGGCAUAUGUCUGGAGCCUGGAGUCUGUGAGUGUGCCCCCGGAUAUUAUAGAAUGGAGUCACGUUGUCGUAAAUACGAUGAAUAAAGUUUGUUUUGAAUAGUGUCCGCGCUGAAUACAAUAAAAAUUACCGAAAUAUA